UGUGCGUGUACAUGUGACAUGCGCCGCGUCGAUAUUUACCGCACAUCGUGCAUACGAAUUCGAUUUAAAAAAUCUUAUCAUUGCUGCUGUUAACAACAAUUAAGCACCGUCUGCCUGUACGCCGCCGUUGGCCCACCAUGUUGAGAGCAAAUAAAACCUCUCCCAAGAUGAAAACUGAGCCCAUCAAAGAAGAAGCUAUGUCUGAGGAGGAGGAUCAACCUGAUGAGGUAGAGCUGGGGCCUGCUAUGCUAGGCCUGCAGAGGGUUGGCACCACCACACCUAAGACAACUCCAACUCAACCCACACAAGUUUUAAAUGCCAGAGGUAUGCCUGCCAGGAUCCGAAAGAAGAACAAAAUGUUUUAUGAUGAUGGUUUGGUCAACACACCACAUCACAGGGUGCCAUCUGCAAAGAAACAAAAAAUGACUCCUAUUAAAAGAACGCCAAAGACUCCACAGUCUCCUUAUAGGGGUAGAACCACUGAAAGAAUGGAAAAAUCCAAGAAAAAACAAUUAUCUCCAGUCCCACUACAGUCUCCAGAUAGGAAAAUCGGUCAGAAGAUCGGCCUCCGAUUGAGAAACUUGCUCAAAUUGCCCAAAGCUCAUAAAUGGGUUUGCUUUGAAUGGUUUUACAGCAACAUUGACAAGUGUCUCUUCAGUGGAGACAACGAUUUUAUGAUUUGUCUCAAAGAAUCCUUCCCUGAGUUAAUAACAAGAGAUUUAACUAGAAUUGAAUGGACAAAGAUCAGAAGGAUGAUGGGUAGGCCAAGAAGAUGCUCUCAGGCAUUCUUCAAUCAGGAGAGACUUGACUUGGAGAAGAAAAGGAAUAAAAUCAGAGCUCUCCAACAGAGAAAGGUGACUGAUUUGUCCACAUUUCAAGAUUUACCUCUUGAGAUCCCAAUGCAGCUGACAAUUGGCACCAAAGUAACAGCAAGACUAAGAAAACCACAAGAUGGUCUGUUUACUGGCAGCAUUGAUGGCGUCGACACUUCAAACAGCACUUAUCGAAUCACAUUUGAUCGGGUCGGUUUGGGCACACAUUCAGUGCCGGAUUUUGAAGUGUUGAGUAACGAAGCGCCCGAUAGCAUGCCAUUGAUGAACAUGCCGAGGAGAAACGGUAAUGUAGGAUAUCACAAAUCCAACGCUCAAUUCACAUAUUCAAACAGUGGCAAACUACGAAGAGAUCGGGAUCCAUUAUUGGCCAGUUACAUGUUGAAUAGGCCGGUUAUGCCAGGAGUAAAACAAGGUUACCCAGUUGAAUUACUGGAGAAAAUGGUGUUGGUAAGGAAAAUUUUAGGCGCCAAACGUCUGAAAAUUAAUCUGUUGAAAACAAUGAAUCAAGAAGCUGAGCGUUUACUCUCUGAUCAAAUGGAAAUCCCUGAAGAUCUUGAGAGGAGAUACGCUGGUAUAUUGAUUGAUCUCGAAAAGUUGAACAAAGACCUGCAGGCUAAUCUGGAUGAGAUGCAAACGUUCCUUCAGGAUAUCGCGCAUGAUUCGAGAGUGGUCGCGAUGUUAACCCCCAGUCAUUUGCGGGAAAAAUGUAAAGAAGAAGCGUCGGAUAUUGUUAGCAGGAGUGUUCAAUCAGAUGAAUCCAGUCCAGUUGAGAGCGAUAGCGUUCGCGACCUGAUUACAGACUUAACAGCGCUGAUGUUGCAAGUAAAGUGUCUCUCAGACUCGGAUCAGAAUGUUUUUGAGUUACAGGUGUUGGAAGGCACGAUGGAGAACAUCAAACGGAAGUUGUCGCCUGAGAAUCAGGCGAUUUUCCAGAUGAAUGUCGAGUGUCACAUGAAGCACAUUCAGUUCGGACUGACGCAACCUCAAGGAAAGAUGAAAUGAAGCAUCUGGAGAGGAGAAUUUUAGAAAAUAAGAUGCGUUUUAUGGAGUACAAAUGUCUCGCGCUAGGCGGGCUAUUGUAAUUGUACAUAUUUUAGUUUUAUGAUGCUCUUUUUCAGAUUCGAUAAGUUGGCUUAUUUUUAAACUAACAAGCUGAAGUGUUUGUGGUUCAGAUGGAGAUGUAAUGUUAGGCAACGUUCGUACGCGUUUGUGCAUAGUCAUCGAUUAUGAAUGAAUUUUAAUAUGUUAAGAUUAUAAUUAUUGAUGCAUUAUUGAAAAUUAUAAAUAAAUAUACGCGUUUACUAUGAUAA